AUGUUCGCUAUCAAUUUUAAUUUUGAUUGUCAAACGCUGAUCAGAAGUAUCUUUAGAUGCUUCGCUGGUAAGGGUUAUAUUCGGAACCUCAGGGAUAAUCUCAGGGAUCUGAGGAGGGAAAGUGAAAAUCUCAAAGCAACUCAACAAGAGGUGAAGGACAAGGUUGCGAGAGAUGAGGCACAACCUCGAAAAAUGCUAUGGCUUGGCCGUGUCGAGAAUACCGAUAUAGAGUUUGAUGAUCUGCUUAGUACUGCUGAUGAUCAUCUUACAGAGUUGUGUCUCUGGGAUAUUUGCUCCAAAAAUCUAUGGUCCAGCGACUCCAGCCACGCUUAUGGGAAAAGAGUUUUCUUGUUGUUGGAAGAUAUUAAGACACUCAAACAAGAGGGUGAUGAAUUUAAAGAGGGUACUGGGCCGGCUCUGCGAUUUGAAGAUCAGAGACAGCAACCUCAAGCAGUUCAGAUACAGCAAACUCAAGCAGGUCAGAGACAACAACCGGUCCUAAAUCCCCAGGGUUGCUUAUUGUUCAAUGUAAGUGAAGACCUCAUGAUAAGCAAAAAAGAUGAUACCACAUAUUGGACCUUUAUGUCCGAGUCACCCAAGUAA